AUGUUCGAAUACGCAGUCUAUCUUUUGUACGCACUGCUCUCCUGUGAUCUCUAUGGAGCCCAGGAGUGUCCCCCAGAAAAUUGUUUUGUGGAAAUGUCGCCAUUGCUGAACCACCUUGCUCAGGAGCAGGAGGAGAGGGAGUGGAGCGCCACCAACUCUCACACUUUGGACGAAUCGCAGGGAGUGCUGGACAGAAUUGAAGGUCAACAAGUAGCCACAGCCACGCAGUUGAGUGCGCUGCAAGCGAGGUUGGAGAGUCGGUUUAAGGAGCUACGGGCCAAGCUGGAGCAAAAGGCCAGGCUGAUAAGUCUGGAGAAAUCCUUGGAGGAAGCCGUAAGUGCACUUCAGCUAGCUCUGAAGCUCAAAGCAGCCGCUACAAGCCCGAAACUAAGACCCCAAGAGCAUUUUGAGGUGAUCGAGGAAUACCAAUUGUUCUUCGAUCCACACCAGUAUAUGGAUUGGUUCGCGGCAGCGGGCAGAUGCAGUGAUAAUGGCGGUUACCUGGCAGCACCCGUAUCCAUGGAGGAGCUGCACCUCAUCGCUCCGAAACUGGGAGACGGAAAAUAUUGGCUGGACAUCUCUGAUCUGGCCAUUAAGGACAAGUUCACUUCGCUGGUCACCGGGGCGGAGUCGCCGCUUUUGAAUUGGCAGAAAGGAGAGCCCAAUAACAAUACCAAUGCGCACUGCGUUUAUCUACAGUACGGUCAACUCUAUAAGCAUCUUUGCCAGAACAUGUACUCGGGUCUUUGCCAAUUUGAAAAGCCCCAGAUAGGUAAUGCGGCUUGUUGCUUUCAUAAUAAUAAUACUAUUAAUAUUAAUAUUAACAUAAACAGGCUCCUAGCCAUCAUACCAGCUACGUUUACUGCAGCAGCAUUACAUUUCCCGCCCACACAGUCGGAGAAACAGAACUGA